AUGUUAACCCUAAGAGAAAAACCUAGAAAUAAAAGCCCCAAACAUGACGACCUAAUAAAAAGCUACGCCAGCUCCUUCGCCGACUAUGAAGAAUGCAUCGUCGGUUUCAUGGACGAUCUGCCACUUGUCUUCUGUGGGCACGAGGAGAAGUGUUUGGGUUGCGGGGAAAGGCUUGCCCACCUGACACUGAGGAGUGUACUGAGGGGUUCGGUGGGUGUGAUUGGAGAGAGCAAGCUGGGGAUGACUGAGAAGGUGGUGCUGUUGGGAGGUAGGGUUUGUGCCGUGAAGAGGUUCAGGAAUGUGAGCUCUAGGAAGCGUGAGUUUGGGAAGAAAAUUGAGCACUUGGCUAAAGUGAGUCAGAAGUGUGAGUAUCUUUUGCCUGUCAUUGCUUAUUUGUACGCUAAGAGGAUCAAGUUUGUUCUCUCUGAUUAUAAACCCAUGGGAAGCCUCGCCGACUUGCUUGCCGGUGCUAGGCAGCAUGGCCACACAGCAUUGGAAUGGAACCAAAGACUCACUAUAGUUAAUCAUAUUGCACAAGCAAUUGCUUUCAUCCACGGACAAUAUCCUCCAUACGAGAAGAAGAUGAAGAUCAACGUACACGGGAGCAUUAGGCCAUGCAAUGUCAUGGUGAACGUGGACUUCUCGGCCUGCUUGUCGGAUUACGGAUUCACCCAAUUGGCGCAGCCGGUCGAAAGUUCAAGCACAUGGCAGCUGAUGAAGUCGCCCAGCCGGCAAAUGGAAAAUAAUUUCUGUGAUGAACUGAGUCAGAAGAGUGACAUUUACAAUUUUGGGUUGAUACUGCUGGACAUAUUGGCAGAACCAAUGGGUUUGGAAAUGACAAGGGGCAUAAAUGAAAAGCAAGCAAACAUGAACUUAGAAGGUGGUUUGGAGUUUUUUGAUUUUCCAGUGAAGGAAAGGAAAGAGAGGAGGCAAGUGUCAAUGGUUUUGCAGAUUGCUUUGGCAUGUACAAAUGCCAAACCAGAGGCUAGGCCUCCAAUAGAGGAGAUAGCUUUUAAUAUUUCGAAGAUAUUGUAA